CUGAAUUUAAUAAUUUGGUUAAUGCUACAAAACUAUUUUUGUCAGGAGACCAUUAUGUUUAUAUUGAUAUAAGAAAUAAUGAAGUCUUUCUGGAUUUACUUAACAAAACAAUUGAUGAUUCAAAUGCCAAACAUCUAGGUCCAAAUGAUCAAAUUUAUAAAGAGCUUAUUAUGAGUAGUACUAGAAAAGAAAAUGAAGCUAUUCCUGAAGAUCAUAUAUACCAUUCAGAGUUUAGUAUGCAUAUUACUUGUAAAAAUAUAAAAGCUCCUAAUGGAUUUUAUUUAGAUAAAAAUAAAAGACAAUCUAAAUAUUUGUAG